CUUCUUUCCACAGCCGCAGAGCCUUGGCCUGAAAACGCUGCAUUGUAUCAGCAACUGAAGGAGGAUCAGAUUUUGCUUUCUGAUAAUGCAUCUUCCCUUGCUGUUCAGGCCUUUUUGCAAAUGUGCAAUCUGCCGGUCCGGGUGGUUUGCAGGGCAAAUGCCGAGUACAUGUCCCCAUCUGGCAAAGUGCCCUUUAUUCACGUGGGAAAUCAAGUAGUAUCUGAACUCGGGCCCAUAGUCCAGUUUGUAAAAGCCAAGGGCCAUUCUCUCAGUGAUGGGUUGGAUGAAGUCCAAAAAGCUGAGAUGAAAGCCUACAUGGAAUUAGUCAAUAAUAUGCUCUUGACAGCGGAGCUGUAUCUCCAAUGGUGUGAUGAUGUUACAGUAGAGGAGAUUACCCACCCAAGGUACGGCUCCCCGUACCCGUGGCCUCUUAACCGCAUUUUGGCCUAUCAGAAGCAGUGGGAGAUAAGGCGGAAGAUGAAAGCCAUUGGAUGGGCUGGCAAGUCGCUUGAGCAGGUGCUUGAAGAUGUAGAUCAGUGUUGUCAGGCUCUCUCCCAGAGAUUAGGAACACAACCAUAUUUCUUCAAUAAGCAACCAACUGAAUUAGAUGCUCUGGUAUUUGGACAUCUGUUCACAAUCCUCACUACUCAACUAACCACAGAUGAACUUUCUGAAAAAGUGAAAAACUAUGGUAAUCUCACAGCCUUUUGUAGGCGAAUAGAGCAGCAGUACUUUGAAGGUCAUGAUAAGGACAACUCUGGAACUGCUGCAGCCAGAUCUGCUAAGAGGUCCUUACUGAGAUAA